AUGUCUUUUGAAACAGAGCAUAAGACCAUCCAAAUGGAGGAGGCUAUCAGUCAUGAUCAGCUUGCCCUAGAUGCUCUUGAACGUCGUCGAAUCGCUUUAGAAGAGAUUGAUAACGCUGAAUUCGGUUGGUUCCAUAUUCGUGCCUGUAUCGUCUCUGGUAUCGGUUUCUUCACUGAUGCUUAUGAUAUUUUUGCCAUCAACUUGGUUUCUACCAUGAUUGGCUUCGUCUACUUUUCUGCUAGCAACAACAAAACUCCUUACAAUGUUGAUACUGCCAUCAAAGUAUCUUGUUCAGUUGGUACUGUCGUUGGUCAACUUGCCUUUGGUUAUCUCGCUGAUCGUGUAGGUCGUAAGAGAAUGUAUGGUGUUGAGUUGAUGAUUAUCAUUAUUGGUACUGUUGGUCAAGCUCUUGCUGGUAAUGGCCCUGCUGCUUCUUUCUGGGGUGUCAUUACUUUCUGGCGUAUCAUUGUUGGUGUUGGUAUUGGUGGUGAUUACCCUCUUUCUUCUGUUAUUACCUCUGAAUUUGCUACUACUAAGCGCCGUGGUGCCAUGAUGGCUGCUGUAUUCGCCAUGCAAGGUAUUGGUCAAUUGUCUGCUGGUCUUGUCGGUUUGAUCUGUACUGCUGCUUUCCAAAGCGCCAUCAAGGCUGACCCAACAAAGUUAGAUUAUGUUUGGCGUCUUGUUAUCGGUCUUGGUGCAGUUCCCGGUGUCUGUGCUCUCUACUACCGUCUUACCAUCCCUGAAACCCCUCGUUUCACUAUUGAUGUUGAACAAAAGGUUGAGAAGGGUAUCCGUGAUGCUAAGGCCUUCAUUGAAAAGGGUGCUUCUGCUGGUGAUUACACUGAUAACAUUGCUAUUGCUCGCACCAACGCUUCCCCCAAGGCUUCAUGGUCUGAUUUCUGCAGACAUUUCGGUCAAUGGCAAAACGGUAAAAUCUUGCUUGGUACAGCCUACUCUUGGUUUGCUCUUGAUGUUGCAUGGUAUGGUCUUGGUUUGAACAACUCCAUCAUCUUGAGCGCCAUCGGUUUCGGUAGUGAUUCUGAUCCCUACACUGCCGUCUUCCGUACCUGUGUUGGUAACAUUAUUAUCAACUUGCUUGGUUCAGUGCCUGGUUACUGGAUCUCUGUCUUUACUAUUGACAAGCUUGGUCGUAAGACUAUUCAAAUUAUGGGUUUCGCUAUGCUUACUAUUAUGUUCGUUGUCUUGGGCUUCGGUUAUGAGAAGAUCCUUGCUACUUCCCAAGUCCUCUUCAUUGUCCUCUAUACCAUCACUCAGCUUUUCUUCAACUUUGGUCCUAACACUACCACCUUCAUCGUUCCUGGCGAAUGUUUCCCUACUCGUUACAGAUCUACUGCUCACGGUAUUUCUGCUGCCUCUGGUAAGAUUGGUGCUAUCGUUGCUCAAGUUGGUUUCGGUCUUUUGAAGGAUAUUGGUGGUCCUAACAAGUGGAUCAACCAUCUCUUGCAAAUCUUUGCCUUCUUCAUGUUGACCGGUCUUGUUUCUUCUUUCCUUAUUCCCGAAACCAAGGGCAAGAGUCUUGAAGAAUUAUCUGGUGAGCUCCCUCCUAGAGAGGUCUCCGAUGAUGGUCAAGUCAAGGGAACUUACUAA